AAUAGCCGAGUACAUGUCUGCGGGGCCUGUUUGCGUGGAUGGUAGCGGAGGACCGUGUGCACAAAAGACCACUCUCUCUACCUGCCAGGUGAAGGAGCUGGAGGAGGAGAGCCGCAGAGGAGGAGGAGGAGGAGGAGGGUGGAAAGAAGCGGGGCGAGAAAAAGUCGACUUACCUGUAGACCAACUUCUGGCAGCUCACUCGCUCUAUAACCUGCUCCGACUUGAAAGUCCAGUUCCACAAGAAGACUCGUAGAGGAAGCUAAAUAUGUCACAGGAGACAGACAACAAGCGAUUAGUGGUGGUGGUCCCCAACGAGAGCUCCUUCCCGGCCGUGCGCAGAGCCUACACCAGCGAGGACGAAGCAUGGCGGUCGUACCUGGAGAAUCCGCUGACGGCGGCUACCAAGGCCAUGAUGAGCAUCAACGGCGACGAAGACAGUGCCAACGCCCUGGGGUUGCUCUAUGACUACUACAAGGUCCCAAAAGAGAAACGGCAUCUACCAGCUGCCAAAGUCAUAGAGGUAGCAGAAGAGCAGGAGAAAAGGGCUGCACUGAGCAACAGCCAAAGUGAAUUGGAGACAGUAGACAACCGUGUCCAGGUCCUCAAAACCGUCCCGGUCAACCUCUCACGAAACACAGAGCACUCAGACACCAAACGGGAUCCUCUAAGCGGUUCCGCUGGACUGGGCUCGGGGGAUGGAGGCGCACCAGCGCUGGCCCUGGUGAAGUCCGAGGCGUACGCACCCAUCUUCAUGACAGGAAGCGGCCUCCACUACAGGGUAGAAGCCGAAGAGUCUGCGCGGGUAAUCUAUGAGCAGGGUUACGAGGUCACGUCCGUCAGCUCCUAUGUGAAGGAUGACCACCACAGCCCGCCUGACAGUCCAUACGAUGAGGACAGAGACGCGAAGUUCCACACACCUUCUUCUUUGGCUGCAGACGACUUCAUUUCUUCGUAUGAGCAGGAAGCAGUUGACAGCUUUCAGUACACACUGGAUGCAACUCGGUCGCUGCGGCACAAGCAGGGUGAAGGACCAAUGACCUACCUGAACAAGGGUCAGUUCUACGCCGUGACACUGAAUGAACUCAGCGCCAACAAGCGCCUCCGUCACCCCAUCAGCAAAGUCAGAAGUGUGAUCAUGGUUGUGUUCAGCGAAGACAAGAAUCGCGACGAGCAACUCAAAUACUGGAAAUACUGGCACUCACGGCAGCACACGGCCAAACAGAGAGUCCUGGACAUCGCUGAUUACAAAGAAAGUUUCAACACCAUCGGCAACAUCGAAGAAAUCGCCUACAACGCCAUUUCCUUCACCUGGGACGUGAACGAGGAAGCAAAGAUCUUCAUCACAGUCAACUGCCUGAGCACGGACUUCUCAUCUCAGAAGGGGGUCAAAGGUCUGCCACUGAUGAUCCAGAUCGACACCUACAGCUACAACAACCGCAGCAACAAACCGCUGCACCGAGCCUUUUCUCAGAUCAAGGUCUUCUGCGACAAGGGUGCAGAGCGGAAGAUCAGAGACGAGGAGCGAAAGCUGUUCCGCAAAAAGUCAAAAGGAAAAGAUGGAAGCGCCGGUGUGAUUACGAUGUCAAAAAAGUCUGACACGACCUAUUUCAAGACCAUGAGCGACCUGGAAGCUCAGCCGGUUCUCUUCAUUCCAGACGUUCACUUUGGGAACCUGCAGAGAGCCGGACAGGUGUUCACCUUCAACACGGAGGAGAUGGACAGAGAGGGAAGCGUCCUGGUGAAGAGAAUGUUCCGGCCCUCAGACGACGAGUUCUGUCCGUCGCCUCAGAAACAGCUCAAAGAAGAGACUCACAAGAGAGUGUUAUUGUACGUCAGGAAGGAGUCGGAGGAAGUUUUUGAUGCUCUGAUGCUCAAAUCUCCGACGCUUCAAGGCCUGAUGGAAGCUAUAUCAGAGAAGUAUGGCGUGCCCACCGAGAAGAUCGCCAAGGUGUACAAGAAGAGCAAGAAAGGGAUCCUGGUCAACAUGGACGACAACGUCAUUGAGCACUACUCCAACGAAGACACCUUCAUCCUCAACAUAGAGAGCUACGCCGACGCCUACAAGGUCACGCUGAUGGAGAUUUGAGUUGCCUGAGGAGACGCAUAGACUGUUGCUAACACCUCCGUUACUGGUCCACUGUGAAGCUUCGCCAGUCCACCAGGACUCUGUGAUGAACUCUUUAUUCACUCAAGACGAGGACAAACACUCUGUUGCCAAACACACACCAGGAGUAGCCUCUUGUACAGGGCGUAGUCCAACUAGCAUCAGGCAGUAGCCCCUCUGCAUGCAGCUUGUGUUUUGAAUAGUUAUUUAUUUAAUGACUCCUUUAGUCGCCCACAUUUCUCCAUUUAUGAGCAUUUUAAGUCCUGCGUAUUUCACCCAGACCUUUUAUUUAAAUGUGAAAAUGUUUUUUUAGGGCACAAACAAUGUACUCAAAAAUACAUGUGUAAAUAUAUGUUCAA